UCAACUAGGUCUGAUCCUCCAGUAUGUGGCUCCAGGUGUCUCUCCUCUGUUUGUCCUGCUUAACUCUGCCCAGCCGAAGCCAUGCCCAAGACCGAGCCUCCCUCCGCCGCUCCAAUGACCACACCGGGCGUUGCCAAUACACCUUCACCGUGGCCAGUCCAGAGGAGUCCAGCUGCUCCGGAAGCAGCAUGAAACCAGAGAUGGAUGGAGUCUCGUCCCGACUCACCAUGCUGGAGGGUUUAGUCAGCCGUCUGAUGGCAGGAGUGGAUGGAGGUGCCAGGACUAGGACUAACGGAGAAGAGGGUCUCCAGGAAGCCUACUCACAGGUAACAAGGGAAAGAAACCAGCUGCAGCAGGAUAAGGAGCUUCUUAACGGGCAGGUCCAGGAGCUGCAGAUGAGGCUGGCUGAGCUGAGUCAGGAGGCAGAGAGCCUCAGGCAGAGACCCUGCCAGGAGACACACACCUCAGGGGGGACUCAGCGUGAAAACAGACCUGCCAGUGACCCUGCAUAUGAUUUUGUGAAUGGUGCAUACCAGGAGAUGAAGGCUGAGGUUUCUGAGGUUCCAGCAUCCCGCCUCAUUCCUGAGGGAAAUCACAACUUCACAGACUGUGGAGAGCUGCAGUCAGUGGGAGAUCCUGUGUUGCACAGGAAGGCCGACAGUAUCACAGGGAAGUAUGGAGUGUGGCUGCAGGAUCCCGAGCCUCAGGGCCCUGAUUACACCAACAAGACUGUGUGGCGUAUCGACACAGUUGGUAAAGAUGUCCGUCAGCUCUUUGCAUUUGAAGACAUGGAUCAAUUAUCCCAAGGCUUCCCUAUGAAGGUUCAUGUACUGCCAGAGCCUAUGGAGAGCACAGGGGCCACAAUGUACCGCGGCUCCCUUUACUACCAGCGCAAACGCAGCCGCACCCUGAUCCGUUACGACCUGACCUCUGAGAGCCUGGCGUCCCGGCGGGAGCUGCCCCACGCGGGCUUCCAUGGCCAGCACCCUUACUCCUGGGGCGGCUACACUGACAUUGACCUGGCAGCAGACGAACAGGGCCUGUGGGCUAUCUACAGCACAAGUAAGGCAAAGGGUGCAAUUAUGAUUUCCCAGCUGGAUCCAGAGAGCCUGGAGGUGAAGAGGAGCUGGCAGACCAACAUCAGGAAGAACACAGUGGCCAAUGCUUUCAUGGUGUGUGGACGUCUGUACACGGUGGCCAGCUACACCGCACCCAACACCACCAUCAACUACGUGUUUGACACCGCCACCAGCGUGGGGCGGGCUGUCGCUGUGCCCUUCAAGAACAAGUACCGUUACAACAGCAUGGUGGACUACAACCACGCCCAGAGGAAGCUGUUCGCUUGGGACAACUUCCACAUGGUCACCUAUGACAUCAGACUGGGCGGCCAUGACAGCAGCUAA